AUGAGACGAUGCUGCUCUUUCAGCGGCAAUGGUCCGUCGCCUCUUCUCACAUCUGUGGUAUAUGCACGGCAUCACAUCAACGGCUUCUCGCUCUUCGCACGGGAGCUGCAGGAACACAAAGGGAUUCUAAAGGCCCGCAGCUUCCGACACGGUCGCGACAACAUGCGAGUGGUCUCGCAGCACUGGCACCAACUCACACCGGGGCAGCGGCAUCGAUACAACGCCCGGGCCCGCGAGAUAUUGGUGUUAAAAGCAAAGAACACAGAUAAGGCCUUUAACGACUUCAAUUUGCUGAUGCAGCUGCUCUUUCAAACAGAGGAUGUGGCCGGCGCGGGGGAUGAGGUCUUCACAGCGCAUAUGGCAAAGAACACAUUGACACAAUUAAACUCUGGACACAAGGAAAAACUCCGAAAAAAACUGCUGCCGAAAGAUGUGAUUCAAGCCCCCAAAAAAUCAGGAACCGUUUUACCUCUCUCAUGGUACUUUCCACACAUGCGUUAUUUUGAAUCAUUUGUGGAAAUGCUAAGAGCAGUGGCACCAACACAAAAAGCUCUUUUCAUUGCAGUAUCACGUGUUCUUGAUAUUAACAGACGUCCAACAAAAGGCUAUAUGUCAUCCAUUUCGAAAAAAUAUGAUCAACUUACAGAAGAAGACAAGGAUAAAUUUAAACCUAUCACCGAUGAGGAUGCACCAGUUUUUGAAAAAUAUUGCGCUUCCCACUGUGCUACAUUUGACAUUGAAAAUUUUGAUAUUGUGCGUCUUUUUGCACAAUAUCGCGGACUCAUCACAGCAAGAACUUCCCUCCCAGAACCAGAGGCAACUCAGUAUAAAAUGCUUAUGGAAGCGGAUCGCUUCCGUGAGAGUUUAUACUUUAAGGCAUUACGUAAUUUGGAGAGAGCUAAAGCAGGUCGAAGCACAGAUCAUGGCACGUAUAUUUCUCACAUUCACCCAGAAGGAGUUUCUAUUCCACCCCAGACAUAUUCUAUUAAGACUAGUAUGGACGAUGUUGUUGUUGCCACAUUGCUCGCCGAAACGCGACUUGGGAAGUCAGUAUACGAUGAUGUAAUUGAGCGAACAAGUUGCUUUCGUCAGGAAAUGGCUAACCAACUGCUGCAGGAGACUUACUUGUCACCUGAACGCAAAACAAAACGAGAAGAGAAGAAAACCUCUAAAACAAAAAGAAACUUUGCGUGA